AUGUCGAACGAGAAACUCCCGACAUACUUUAUCGGCCACGGAGGAGUGAGCAUCCUCUUCAAACCCGGCUACGGGCCCGUCCAACAAGACCUCCGCGAGAUCGGCAAGGAAAUCAAGGCCCUGAAACCGGAAGCAAUUGUCAUCACCUGCGGCCAUUUUCAAGGCGAAGGUGAUGCUAUUGAAGUGAACCUAAAGGAACCCACCAAAGUGUGGCAUGACUUGGGCCCUUCCUGGCACACGACAUUCCCCCACGUCUUCGAGUAUCAGUACGCACACAAAUCGUCUAGAGCCUUAGGAGAGAAGACAAGUGGCCUAAUCGAAACCAGAUGGGUGCCUUUCAAACUCAUGUUUCCAGAAGGAGAAGACGAACUGGAUAUUCCCAUCCUGCAGAUUUCCACCUACGCAGGAAAUGAUCUGAAUGCACACGUUCGGCUGGGUGAAGCACUUUCGUCACUACCCGGGCGCAUUCUCCUCAUUGGAUCAGGCAUGAUCGUCCACAACCUCCGAGCUACGCGUGAAGGAACAACAGACACAACAGUAGCUAGAUCAAUAGAAGAUGCGGCUCUGAAGGCCUUGUCUGCCCCGACCCCCAGCGAAAGAGACGCACAGUUUCUAGCCUUCCAAGAACGUGAGGAUUGGAUUGACGCUCAUCCGACCGAGGAACAUGUCCUGCCAUUAUACAUGACACUGGGUGUCGGGCGCAAUUGGUCGGAAUAUAAGGUCUGGAAUCAGGAUCGGUAUAUUGUAGGACAGUCGUAUCUAUCGUUUCGUCUUGGAAAGCUGCCUUUGACAGGUGAUCGCUUGAAUGGGCAUCUUUAA